AACGACCUUUGAGCGAUCUCCACUGCAACGAACCGCAACCGACUCAUCUCCUUCAGUUUCAAGAACUGUGAAACCCGCCUCUUUACAUACUCUCUCUCUCUCGCUUCUCUCAGCCGUCGCGAUGUGGCUUUCUAGGGUCUGGUCAUGGUUAAUGGGUCCGACGGAAGACGAGCAGAUGCCCGAUUUGGAAGCGGGCAACCCAACGAGUCCACUGGAAGACGAACAGAUGCCGGAUUUAGAAUCUGCCCACGGCCCCUACGCGUCCUCUUCCUCCUCGUCUGGUCUCGGCUUCCCCGACGAGAUGAGCAUGGAGGACCAGUUGGACGGCCAGAUCCAGUCUUGCGUAGCAGAAUGCCGCGGCCUCCGAGAACGGAUCGUCCCCAUCCUAGAGACCCUGCGGCGUGUCAGAAAGGGUCCGUCUUGGCAACAGGAAAUCAAGGACUGCGCCGGCCGUAAAGCCCAGAUGGAACAAGAUCGCGAGAGGCUGUCGAAAGAGUAUCGAGAUUGCGAAUCGAUGGUACAAGAUCUUUCUUGUGCAACUACGAUAUGUUUGCUGGUUUCUCUGAAGCUGAUCUCUGGGUUUCGUCUCUAAUGUAGUUGUACUGUUUGCCUUUUUUUUUUCCCUCUGCUUCUCUUUCUUGCUUCUUUCUUCUAUAAAGAUCUCUGUUUCCAUAAUACUGUGGUCGAACCAUAUCAUGACCCUUCCAGUAUCAAUGUCUUCAUCAUGCUUCUGCUAGUAUGGUUAGACAAUGUUAUGACUUCAUAUUUCUGAGCCUAUGUAGAUCAAGGGAGAGAUUUAAGGAAAUAAUUAUUUGAUGUGGAAAAGAGAUCCAUGAGCAAUGGAGUUUGCAAUCUGUUGGUCAAUAAUCUUGGAACACCCUGUACUUGCUUGUCAUUUUGCCUUCUAAAUGCUAGUUUCUCAUGAUCUGCAUGCUUAUCUGAAACUUGCUGCAUCACCAGCUGAAGACAUUGUUUACCAUGGUUGGAUCUAGGAAAAAGGGGAAGGCAAGCAGCUCAUCACCUCCAAGCAGAAAUGAAGGCCAGAAGAAGAAGAAGAACAAGAAGAAGAAGCGAUAUCAGAUUAGCCAAGGAAAUUACUGAUGAUUUUGAAAUCAGUAUCUCAUAAGUGUCUUUGGCAUUCACGACAUUGUUGCAUCACUAUGUACUGGUACCUGAUUUGGAGCUUUUCCAAAUAACUCUUGGUGAAGGUAGUGAGAAUUGGGUAGACAAAUUGUGCUCCCAAGUCAACCGUGCAGAUUCUUGAUUACAUUUUCCUAUAGAAAAAUUUCGGGCUUUAAUAAUGAUCAUCAUGGAGUCAUGAUGGAUACAUUUCUUGGCAUCAACUUCAACUUUGCCAGAUUAGUG